AUGUACGCAUCCUACGACGAUGGCUUCACAGUCUUCCUCGGCGAAGACCUCGCCGGCUCUGUCAAGAACGUUUUCAACAACCAGUGCUCCAACCCCGCAGAUGCCGCCACCAUCUCCAUCCACAUUCCCGUGGCGCAGACGAGCGCAGUCGCUGAUAUGAGCGUCAACUUCGACGGCGUGUUUGAGUACGCGUCUAUCACAGGCGUACCCGGCGGCGAAGCCAUAUUAGCCGCAGCUCAACCUGGGGAUGCCCUCGCCGCGACCAUCUUCGUAGCUGUUGCAUUCCCCGUGGCCGAAAACGCGGAUCUGGUACGAGCGCUCACCCAAGUGCGGAACUACGGCCGGACGUGUUUCUUCGCCGCGGCUGGGCUCGCUGGAGAUGGCUUGACAGCAGCCGUCGACACCAUCGUGGAUUGGGCGACUUGGUUGGCGUGGCUGGACUUCGAGGCUGGCAUUAACAUUGCCGCUGACAUCGCAGAAAAUCAGAACCCAGGCAAAGAGGAAGGGAAUAAUGGCCCCGCAGAGGACGUGAAGCCGUAUUCAUCCCUUUGGGACAAUACAAAGAACCUCUUCGCCCUGGCCACCUUCGAGCUGCCCGCCCAAAACGGCCACGCGGGGCUGGUAUACUACAGCCAAGACGGGGGCUGGGUGCAAGGGUCCAAAGUCACAGACUGGGCGCCGGGCUACUACAGCAGCAGUAAGACGCCCGACGAGUUCCACAUCGAGCCCGACGAGUUCUCGGCGACCGCAUCAAAGGCGACUGGGACGAUCCGGAUGAGCCGAACCAGACGUGUAUGGAUGCGUUCACGCUGCUGGUGGAUGCGGGAUGCGUGCGCGGGGGGGUUCGUUCCCGGAUGGGACGCGCUUUGGGGGGUCGUACACGGACUUGGAUACCGGGAUUGAGUACACUUUUAAUGGGCUGCAUCCGUUGAGUGAGUUGACGGUGGCGCCGAAACCGGCGGAUUUAAUUGUAAUUGUGGGGGGUCGGGUUGCUCGAUUGAUAGCAUGGCGUGCUGCGCAGAUGGGAGCUGCGUGUGCCACUACAGGGAGGCUGGGUGUGCAGACGAGGAUCCUACGUGUUGCGCGAGUGGAACGUGUGCGCCGUUGCCGAGUCGUAAGAAGUCGAGGAGGAGUAUGUUUUAGAUUUCAUGAUAGC